ACGUGUCUAUCAAUGGCCACUCCUACAUUCAAUAAUUUUGAUUCAGAAAAGAAAAGAGUUUUGGAAGACAAGGAAGAUGCCAGUAGAAAGGGAAGUAUCGAUGCUCCAGUUAUUGAAUUAGUGAAAUACAUUAACAAACAAGAGGACUACUACACCACCAGUUCCUGCUCUGGAAGGAUUAUUGUAUUUUCUGAGAAUACACAGACAGGCAAGGAGGGUACGUUGUGGUUAUUAACAUCUCAUGAGACCGUCAGCAUUGACAAUGUAUUAAGCAUAUUGAAAGACAGAGAUAUACCAAUCUCUUGUUAUACUUAUUAUAAAUUUGAACCGUUUGUACUUCACGUCUCAUGUAGGACCUUAGAACAUGCACAGGCAAUAUUGAGGAUAGCUGUAUCAAGUGGGUUUAAAAAUUCCGGUAUUUCAGUUAGUAAGAAGAAUAAGAUGAUACUGUCAGUGCGUAGCACUCAAACUUUACAAUCUCCUGUAGCAUUUGACGGAAAACUAAUUGUGACUGAACAAUAUCUAUGUCAUCUGGUUAAAAUCUCAAAUGAAAAGUUAGAAGACAAUUUUCAAAGGAUAGAAAGGUUUUAUAAACUUGUUAGGGAAGUCUGCAUACCAACAGAACCUCCUCCUCCAAUCAAACCUAACUGCCUCAAUAACUCUCACUCGCUUUUAAAAGUUCAAGAGAAAAAGAAAGAGAGAGUUGAUGAUGAUACUAGUAAUCAUGAUUAUCUGGAAAGCAUUGAUCAAUUAUUUCAUUAAUAUUUACAAUGAUAAUACUAUUAACAAUUAAA